GAUCUGUCUCAAUGUCGGCCGUGCCUCCCUCCAGUCCGACCAGUGCCUCAGCGCCGGCUCUGGUCCAGUUCCAGCUCGGCCUGUUCAGGGAGGUGGUUCGAGUCCCAGCGGGAAACCUGAGCUACCGCCAUGCCAAGAGACUGGCUGCUGAGAUCAUAGAGAGGAAGGCUCCAGACGUCAGCGUGGUCGGUGUCGGUGAAAAGAUUCUUCUCUUCAGACAUCGGCCGACCUCUGAGCUGCUGCUGCAGCGUCUAACAGAGCAGGAGCAGCUGCAGGACGGAGACCUCAUCGAGGUCGUCAUUUCAGGAUCGGCGUCAGUGACAGAGAUCAGGGUCCGUCCUCACUCUCUGGUGGUCUACUCAUACAGGACUCCCACUUUCUGUCACCACUGUGGAGAGAUGCUGUGGGGCCUGGUCAGACAGGGUUUGAAAUGUGACGGUUGUGGGUUAGAUUUUCAUAAACGCUGUGCUCUCCAGUUACCAAACGACUGCAGCCGAGCACGGCGUCAGGUCAGCGCCAGCCUCUCUCUGUUUCCCCCCCGACGACCACCCACGCACUCUCUGUCCAACCAGGCAGGAGGCAGUCUGGAGGAGAUCAGUAUGUCCAAACCCUCCUCCAGACCCCCGUCAUGGGCGGAGCCCCCGGUGUGGCUAGGCAUUGGGAACGGCGAUAAAAGCAGAGCCCAGGUCCCUCACACCUUCCACAUCCACAGCUACACCAAACCCACCGUGUGCCAGUACUGCCACCGGCUGCUCAAAGGCCUCUUCAGACAGGGGCUGCAGUGCUCAGACUGCAGGUUUAACUGCCAUCGGCGCUGCGAGCAGCACGUCCAGAGAGACUGUCCUGGGGAGAAGAGAGGCAUCAACGGAGAUGGUGAGCAGACAGGGGGCUACAGCCUCCUAGUGAAUCCUGAGGACUCUGAGGACACUGACUCAAUGCUCAGCAGCACAACAACACUAAACAUCUCUGACGAUGAGAUGUGCACUGAUGGAGACUCGACCGCCGAGGCCAAAGAAGACGAGCAACUACGAGAGCCGAUGAGUCCAUGUUUCAGCAGCUACAUCCCUCUGAUGCGGCUCGUCCAGUCAGUGCAUCACACCAAGAGGAGAGCAGGGGCCGUCCUGAGGGAGGAAUGGCUGCUGCACCACACCAGCACUGACACACUGAGGAAACGUCAUUACUGGAUUUUAGACUGGAGGAGCAUCACUCUGUACCAGAAUGAGAGCAGCACCAAGUACUAUAAGGAGAUCACUCUGUCUGAGGUGCUGCAGGUCCGAGGCCCGGCUCAGCUCUCCCCUCCCUCGCUGCCGGGAGCCAGGUCCCACUCCUUCGAGGUGGUGACGGCCUCGCUGGUGUACUAUGUGGAGGCUGGAGAGAACGGGCAGGCCUGGGCCAGCGCCAUCCGUCAGGCUAUGAUGCCCGUGCAGAGCAACGGAGGAAACAACGAGGAAGAGGAGCUGCAAGAUGAUUCACACAGAGAUGGCGUGGACAUCGGCUCAGUGUAUCAGAUCUCCACAGACGAGGUGCUCGGCUCAGGACAGUUUGGAGUCGUGUACCGAGGCACUCACAGGGCUUCUAGUCGACCGGUUGCCAUCAAAGUCAUCGAUAAGACGCGUUUUCCCACCAAGCAGGAGAGGCAGCUGAGGAACGAGGUGGCCAUCCUGCAGAAUCUGUCCCAUCUCGGGGUGGUCCUGUUGGAGGGGAUGUUUGAGACGGUGGAGCAUGUCUUCGUCGUGAUGGAGAAGCUCCACGGAGACAUGCUGGAGAUGAUUCUGUCCAGUGAGAAAGGACGACUCCCUGAACGCAUCACACGCUUCCUGGUCACACAGAUCCUCGAGGCUCUGCGGUACCUGCACCUCAAACACAUCGCUCACUGUGAUCUAAAACCUGAGAACGUCCUGCUGGCCUCGGCCGACCCUUUCCCUCAGGUGAAGCUCUGUGACUUUGGCUUCGCCCGCAUCAUCGGAGAGAAGUCUUUCCGGCGCUCGGUGGUGGGCACGCCUGCCUACUUGGCCCCUGAGGUGAUCAGCAGCUGUGGCUAUAACCGCUCCCUGGACAUGUGGUCUGUGGGCGUCAUCAUGUACGUGAGUCUGAGCGGGACGUUCCCCUUCAAUGAGGACGAGGACAUCAAGCAGCAGAUCACCAACGCCGCCUUCAUGUACCCACGACAACCCUGGGCCUCCAUCUCUCUGGAGGCUGUGAGUCUCAUCAACAACCUGCUGCAGGUGUCGGUCAGACGAAGGUUCAGUGUGGGAAAAGCUCUGGGACACACCUGGCUUCAGGACUUCCAGCUGUGGUGUGACCUCAGAGAGUUCGAGCAGAGGAUGGGCUGCAGGUAUCUGACGCACAAGGGAGACGAAGAACGCUGGGGAAGAUACGCCCAAGAGAGAGGACUGAUCUUUCCUUUCCACCUGUUGUCUCUCACUGCUCAACACCGCUCUCUUCCUGUGUCAUCUUUGUACAUCCAGAUGUGUUUGUUUUGGAAAUACUGUAAAUUUGGAAAGAGAGAGGUGUGUGGGAUCAUUCUCUCGGGCCGUUACAGUUUGUCUUUCUGUCAUCGCUCUGAAGUCCAGCCAUGGCCCUCUUUUUGUCUAUAUUUACCCACAGUGCUUUGCUCUGAGUCGCUCUGUUUUCCUGCUGUCUUCAAAGUUCACUUGCUCCGUUCUGCCUCCGUUUGUUCCUGAGCUUAAGGCUUUAAGAUCUUCAGGUAAUCUUUUCUAACAUCUUCACAGUGCUUUACUUUUAUUUUUAACAGUUUAACAUCGUAGCACCUGACUUUCUCCACCUACUGCGGUCGCAUUUUGUUUCCGUGUGAUUAAGGACGAGUCAGAGACUCACAAAGACAGCGUUUUUCUAAAACUUCAACAUAGCAUGCAUGUGCACAAAUACACAACCAACCAAGCCAACUGACCAACCAGCUUUUUUUUUUUUAUCACAUCUUCUUCUUUAAUUACCCUUCUACAAAAAAAUACGUCAUCUGAGAGGGGGGGGGGAGGGGGAGAGCAGGAGGCUUCGCUCAAAAUAAUUUCUUCCUCUCCCUCAUCACCUCCUUCUGUUAAACUUCUCCUAAAGGCAGGUGUGUAUAUGUACGCUGCUUACAUAAGUUCAGUGCAAUACCCAGCACAUUCCUGCUUUUUGUUUCUUUUUAAGGCACUCUGACAGAAAUGAGGGACUUGCUUUAAGAUUUGAGCAAAGCCUUCUAC